AUGGUCAGAUUCUUCCAUCUUUUUGGAGCUGUUGCUCUACUCCCUGCUCUCGUCCUUGGGUAUUCGCUACCCGAGGCUUGCAGCGGAGUGUGCAACAAUGCUCACGACCCCUCCAUUAUCCGCCGUUCUUCUGACGGCACUUACUUCCGCUUCUCCACCGGUGGUAAAAUCGCCGUCCACACGGCUUCGAGCCUCAGCGGCCCUUGGACCUACCAGGGUGCAGCGCUGCCUAGCGGAUCUUCGAUCAAUCUGACGGGGAACCAAGACCUUUGGGCCCCUGAUGUCUUCAAGCUCGGCAGCUACUACUACCUGUACUACUCCGUAAGCAGCUUCGGGGUGCAGGACUCGGCCAUCGGCGUCGCCCGGUCCACGAGCUUGGACGUCGGCACUUGGACCGACCUCGGCUCGACGGGCGUCGCGUCGUCCAGCACGAGCGGCGUGGCGUACAACACCAUCGACGGCAAUUUCAUCAGCGACGGCAGCGGCAACUACUUCAUGACCUUUGGUAGCUUCUGGCAGGGCAUCCACCGCAACGGCGAGGUCUACCAGGUCGCCUACGACCCGUCCGACUCGGCCAUGGAGGGCCCCUUUGUGUUCCAGUAUGGGUCCUACUAUUACCUCUUCUUCUCCAAGGGCCAGUGCUGCGGCUACGACAGCAGCAUGCCCCCCUCGGGCAACGAGUACCGCAUCAUGGUGUGCCGGUCCACCUCGGCCGUGGGCCCCUUUGUCGACCAGAGCGGCACGAGUUGCCGCAACGGCGGUGGCACCGUGGUGCUGGCGUCCCAUGACUGGGUGUAUGGGCCUGGAGGGCAGGGCGUCUACCAGGAUCCUACCUACGGACCGGUCCUGUACUACCACUACGUCGACACGCGCAUUGGAUAUGCUGAUGGCCAGAAGCAGUUUGGCUGGAACAAGAUCAGCUUCUCAACGGGCUGGCCCGUUGUCUAA